GAGUUAGAGUUGGACUAAUAAUUCAUUAUUUGUUCUAUAACAUUCAUGUGAUCUAGCUUUUUAAUGUUCAACAAAGGGAGGUGAUUGUAGUCAAGGUAUAAACAAAAUGGAGGACUAAAAAUAUUGUCUCCUGUUUUUUUAAUUUCUGAGUUUCAAAAGGGGGUUCCAAAAAAAAAAAAAUGUCUCAGUACACUCAAGAAAACGGACCGACUGACUAUUUCCCCCCUAUUGCUGCCUUAUUCCAUGAAGGCAUUGUGCCCAGCUCUGUAUCAUUGCACAGUCUUCUAGCCGACAUUGAUAGCCAGCUGGAUUCCAAUACACGACAACUUGAUAUUUGUUUGCAAUCAAUCCUUACAUCUGCUAAUAAUCUUCCAAGUAGUCAGACUUUCUCAACACCAAAAGAUGCUCUCGGUUACAUGUGCAAUAGUCAUACUCUUGAAAAAGACACUUGCUAUGAUCCAGUGGCAGAUGAGGCUGUAGCAAUUAUUGUAGCUCUGUGUGAUUCUUUGGAGAAAAAUCCUGGCAGUGAAGAAUCUAUAUUGCAAGAAAUGUUAGGAUUAGCAUCUGAAGAAGGACUUCUCCUGCCAUUUCGAUGUUCCCCAAACAGUAUCAUCAGUCAGUCCUCCAGUUCACUAAAUGUUCAGUUGGAUAUGGGUGACCAGUUGAUUGAAAAUAAAUGGUUCAAACUGACCAAAAGUAUACAAAAGCACAUUAUCACCGAACUGCUUCAAAUACCACCACUUGGUCAGAACCUGAGAAGCUCCUGGGCUGUCAUAGAGAGAAGACUUGAGCUGGUUGGUGGGCUCAGGACCCUGGCUAGUGAUGAGGAUGCUUGGGUGACCUACAGAAAUGUGAGAAGCCAACAGUUAGAAAUCUUGUUUCGUUCCUUGCUGCCUGACAAUGAUUCAGAGAAUGUGAACUACAAAGAGUUUUGUUGUAACUGUAUGACGGUAGCGGACAAGAUCAUUGAAAUGAUUGAGGAAGACUUUUCUGUUCUGUGUACUGGUGUUUUCAAAAAAAUUGGAGGUAUGUAUAGAAUUCUACAUGAUUUGUACCUGGAGAAGUACUCAGAUGAAAUGUCAGUGCUGGUGGAAGAGAUAGCUGAUGACAUCAGAGACUUUAACAAAAAAGUGGUCAAAUCUUCUAAAAGUGAUCAUGGUCUUGCAAAGAUUGAUGCAGCAGGCAGCAAGUCCCCACAGCCAAAGACUGGACAGCGAGGAAGUUUGGGUGCUGUACCCCUGAAUGAACCCUGGGCUUCCAAGACACCAAGUUUUUCUCAAAGUCUAGACACAAUGUUCUUAGCAUCUAGCUACAAACCAGAUAAAGACAAAAGUGCUGGUCCAAAAUUACAGAAACAAGGCAGCAUGACAUUCCCGAAGGACUGCAUGACUGCACUAAAACACAUUGCUAUGUCCUUGAUGAAGCUGGAGGAUUUCCUGGAUACUCUGACCAAGAUGACUUCUUGGGAGGUCACAGGUUUACCAACAGCUAAGAAAGUGAAAAAAAAAUCAAGUCUUAGAGGUGUUUUAAAACCAAGUUCCAGUCCAGAACUGAAACGUCACUCAUUAAACUUAGGAAGUAGUUUCAGCAGUACAGACACAGCCAAUGAAUCUUCCAGCCCUGUCCUACAUUUGCCUCCUACAGACAAUCCACCACCUCCAAAAGUUGUGGAAAGAAACAGAUCUGAGGACAAAUGUAGAUGGGACUGGAGACUGAUCUUCAAGAAGAUAGCCCCUAGUCUGGCCACAGCCAUUGAGACUAAGUUGGACCUGACAAUGUCCUCAUCUCUGGCACAUGAGACUUCCCAAUGGGUCACAGAACACUGUUUAGAAAUGGCCGAAGUGGACUUUGUCCAGUUGAAGGAUGGGACAGAUCAUCCAAGGAUUGUCUCAAAAGGUACACAAGACUUUAUCCAAGCUGUUAAUGAACUGCUUCCACUGGCAAGAGGUGGCAUAGAAGGAUGUUUGAUUCCUGUUAAAAUGGCAUUUAUUGAUUCUAUCGGCAUUGCUGUCAAAAAUUUUAACCUUCAUUGUGUUUCAUUAAGCAAAGACUUGCCUCAUAAAGGCCAAUUAAAACAGUUGCUAAUCAUUAUGUCCAAUGCUGUGCACAUAAAAAAUUAUUUAAACUAUUUAGAAAAUGUCCUUUCUGCUGAAGACAAUGGUAAAAAAUUCAUGUCCAGUUUACUGAAGCAGUAUACUGACCUAGUUGAUGGCCUGGGUAAACACUUAUUGCAGCUACAUCACCAGUUCAUCUCUAUAGCUGUGCUGGCUGAUGCUGAAAGUGGAAACUGGAGUGAAAUUAAAGAUUUUUAUGAGGAUGAACGAUGUUCCUUCACCAUCCAGAUGUGGAACUACCACUUGCGAGGUUUGCAGCAUGAUAUGUGGGCCAUUCUUCCACCUAGACUGGCACAGAGCCUUUUUGGUUCCAUACUUCAGGACUCACUGCUCUUACUGACUCAGAGAUAUUCUAGAGUGAAACCCAGUCGACGUAGAACUAAACAGUUCAGAUAUGACAUCACAGCUAUUCUGCUAUGUGUGGCUGAUCAUUUACUCAAGUCUAGCUACUCUCUCUCACAGUACCUGGAUGCAGGUCACAAUCAACAUCCACAUUACAGCAUCCACAAUCUGUGCUCCAACUUAUUGGCUGUUUUGGCUGUUGUUGCUUCUCCCAUUGAAACACUGUACAGAGUUUUUAAGAGAGGUUUUCAUCGCAAGUUAGAAAGUCAAGGAAGUGGAGAUAACUCAGAAGGUGGUCAUAACACACAGUGGCUGCAUUGGGUAUGGCCAGCACUAAUACAUUCAGGAACCAAACACUAUGAUGACAUGCAGACAGCAUCAGCACUGUAUCUACACCUGAGUCUGUUUCUAAACCAACCCCAGACAGAUUGGGCACUGUUAAUUCAAGCUCUACUAAUGAAGGAACAAAAUUUGUGUGUACUACUGCUAACACGAAGCUGUAUGUUAGAAGGUACACAGACCUCACAGUUGGCUAAUACACUCAGAACCAAAGCUCCACUGGCCACCAGCAUAAGUACAGAAAUCUCCCCAGCUCCAGCAAUUCUAAUUGACCUGCAUUCUAGUCAGAGUUCCACUGACUCCAGUUCUCCUCUGGACUCCAGUCCUAUGUCCCUCAGUUUGGAUCUGACCAGUGUGACAAUAGACUCUGAGAAUCCAUCUGAUGUUCAGCAAGUUUCUGAUGCAUUGGUUCAUGUCAUAACCCAUAUAAAUUACUUCCCCAAUGCUCUGGCCAAAUGUGUAGUGGCCACCAUUGACAGAUGUGCCAUUUGGGAAAUGUUUAAUAUAAAGAAUCCACAAGUGACUCCAAGAAUGACAAUUCCUGAAUGGUUGAUAUCUGUUUUUCAAAUUCUGGAUCCUUUUAUAGAUAGAACAAUAGAACCAAUGCUACGUUAUGUCAACCGUGUGAAAACAUCAGAGAAAUAUAUCAGGCCAGUCAUCUCUUAUGUAGCUGACCUUCCAUGUGGUUGUCCUCCAAAUUAUUCUCUCAGGGAUCAUCCUAAACCACCAGAUACCAGAGAAGUUCUUACUCACUGUGUCCAGCUGGUCAUCACAGAAAUAGAAAAAUGUGUGGUGGUGCUUCCUGCUGCUGUUUGUUGUUUAUUUAAUGCCAUUGACCAAAAUUGUAAAGAACAAGGGAUCAAGACCAGUUACAAUUGUGUGGCAUUCCAUAUCAUUGCCUGGGCUCUGUGGAUACGCUUAGGUCACUUGGCUGCAGGACUGGACAAAAUGGGCUCUGUGAUCUCCAGUGAUGCCAGGAGCUAUAUGUAUACUUUGUCUGAUACAUUGUUUCAUGUUCUGGUCUAUGGCAAAGGUCCCCUCACUCCACACUUUGCUGCCAGAUUUAUCAAAGUUCACAAAGAUUGGCUUCAGAUGAAAAUACAAAGUAUUAGAUCGUACAUCGCUGAUGAAUUUCACAGCCAUACCAGUACAGACAUAAGUGACUCGACUACAAUAAUAUUUCAAGAUCACAUGUUUUCUGUGAUGGCUGCAACUAUAAUGGACACACCAAAAGGUUUUCAAAAGUUGAAGACACUUUGUAACUUGGUCAGAAACAAUGGUCCCUGGCUGCUGGAACAGAUGGACAUUUCUCCUCCUCUGGUUACUGCUACAGACAGUAGACAGAAAAAGAACAGCUUUAAAUUAGAUUUGACAGAACAUCAGAAAACUUCAGCCUUUGACCCUGUCAAGGAGAUGGAUAGUCUUGGAUCAUCCAGUUUUAAUCAGAAAGCUAUUAUGGAGUUCACAUUUGAUUGGGUGGCUCUACUGACAAGUGACUUAGGAUUGAGUCAGUUUGCCUUUAGAAAUCUGCUGAUGAAUCGUUAUGAGAUGCAGGAAGGAGCCCAUCUGGAAGAGGAUGAGAAGAAACCAGUGGAUGUACUUCGAGCUGUUUAUGAACACAGACAAGACAACUUUAGUACACUGAAUCCCCCAUUGAACUCAGUCUCAAGAAUUUUGUAAAUUUUUGACUGAUCUCUAGUCUUUAAACAGAUAUUUUUUGAUGAGCAUAAAUAUUGUACAUGUUAGUUUUGUUUGUUGGCAAA